AUGCCUUCUUCAACGUCCAUUUUCUUCGUGGUCAUCUUCGCACUGGAGGCAAUCAUGAUCAUUAGUGGUAACACGUUUACUAUUUUCGUAUUCUGGAAUCAAAGAUCCCGCAUAAACCGGACUUAUUUCCUUUUGGUUAACCUCGCAAUUGCAGAUUUACUUGUAGGAAUUACAGAACUAAUAGUCUUGGGAGCUUUCAAAUUUGAGGUCAUGCUAGAGAGUGACUCACUAUUGAGGACGCAAAGACAAUCAAAUCCUUCGGUUGCUUUUCAACUUUUGUUUCCGAGUACGUCUGUCUUAUUUCUCGCACUUGUCUCCUUGGAACGUGCUUUCUCCGUGUUAUGGCCAAUCCGUCAUCGCUCCAUAAGCAGUCGAGUUUACAUCAAGAGCAUCGUUUUUGUGUGGGCAGUUGGCCUUUGUUUCUUUGCUUUAACCGUCAUCGCCAUUCAUUACCCAGAGGUGAAAGAGGAAUAUGUCUUUAUAGCAAGUAACACAGGUUCCCAACUGAUAAUCUGUACAAGUUACCUUAAAAUACGCAAUCGGUUGCGCGCAUCAUCACCAGGGCUUGAUAUUCAUGGCCAUCAAUUACAGGCACGCAAUCUACGGCUUUCUAAAACGCUUUUCAUCACAAUCGCUUCGUCGCUUGUGUUUUGGAUACCUGGUUUUGUAGUUUACUUCACUAGAGAAUUUUAUCCUCAAUGCUUUCCUGUACCAGUACUCUGGUUCGCGAACGCUAUGUAUCUGGCAAAUUCCAUGGUAAAUCCCUUCGUCUACAGUUUCAGGAUGACAAUAUUUAAAGCCGCUUUAAGGAAAUUCUGCAGGAAAAGACAAUAG